GAGGCUGGAGUCACCGCCAUUUUGAAGUGACCAGGUUUCCCUCCCCUCCCCUCCACUCUUUGCGUGUGGAGAGCUCCGAUCGGCUGAGGAUGCCAGCCCCUAUCAGACUGAGGGAGCUAAUCCGGACUAUCCGGACAGCCAGGACUCAAGCUGAGGAGCGUGAGAUGAUACAGAAGGAAUGUGCUUCAAUUCGAUCUUCAUUCAGGGAAGAAGAUAAUACUUACCGCUGUCGAAAUGUCGCAAAACUACUGUACAUGCACAUGUUAGGAUAUCCUGCACACUUUGGUCAGUUGGAGUGCCUAAAGCUGAUUGCCUCUCAGAAAUUUACAGACAAACGGAUUGGUUAUCUUGGUGCUAUGUUGUUGCUUGAUGAAAGGCAAGAUGUACACUUGCUCAUGACAAACUGUAUUAAAAAUGACCUGAACCACAAUACUCAGUAUGUGCAGGGCUUGGCACUCUGCACUCUUGGCUGUAUGGGAUCAUCAGAAAUGUGUAGAGAUCUUGCAGGUGAAGUGGAAAAGCUACUGAAGACAUCAAACUCUUACUUGAGGAAGAAGGCAGCAUUGUGUGCAGUUCAUGUAAUCAGAAAAGUGCCUGAGCUGAUGGAAAUGUUCCUACCAGCGACUAAAAACCUGCUGAAUGAGAAAAAUCAUGGUGUCCUUCACACAUCUGUUGUUCUACUCACAGAAAUGUGUGAACGAAGUCCUGACAUGUUAGCACACUUCAGGAAACUUGUUCCUCAGCUUGUUCGAAUCCUGAAAAACCUUAUUAUGUCUGGUUACUCACCAGAACAUGAUGUCUCUGGCAUUAGUGAUCCCUUCCUUCAGGUUCGAAUACUGCGUUUACUACGAAUGUUGGGUAGAAAUGAUGACGACUCAAGUGAAGCCAUGAAUGACAUUCUUGCACAGGUUGCAACAAACACAGAAACCAGCAAAAAUGUGGGUAAUGCAAUUUUAUAUGAAACAGUUUUGACAAUUAUGGACAUCAAAUCGGAGAGUGGACUGAGGGUUUUAGCCAUAAAUAUCUUGGGACGAUUCUUACUUAAUAAUGACAAAAAUAUUAGGUAUGUAGCACUGACGUCGCUGCUUAAAACAGUCCAAACAGAUCAUAAUGCAGUCCAAAGACACAGAAGUACAAUCGUGGAUUGUUUGAAGGACUUGGAUGUAUCUAUUAAAAGGCGUGCAAUGGAACUGAGCUUUGCUCUAGUAAAUGGAAAUAAUGUUAGAGGAAUGAUGAAGGAAUUGCUCUAUUUCCUGGAUUUGUGUGAUCCUGAAUUCAAAGCUGAUUGUGCCUCUGGCAUCUUUCUUGCAGCAGAGAAGUAUGCACCAUCCAAAAGAUGGCACAUAGACACAAUAAUGAAAGUGUUAACAACGGCUGGCAGUUAUGUAAGAGACGAUGCAGUGCCCAACUUGAUCCAGUUGAUCACCAAUAGUGUUGAAAUGCAUGCUUACACAGUACAGAAACUUUACAAAGCUGUCCUGGAAGAUACGUCUCAGCAACCUCUUGUGCAGGUUGGUGCUUGGUGUAUGGGAGAGUACGGUGACCUUUUAGUUUCUGGACAAUGUGAAGAGGAGGAACCUAUUCAGGUGACAGAAGAUGAAGUUAUGGAUGUAUUAGAAACUGUACUACAGUCAAACAUGUCGACAUCUGUAACAAGAGGAUAUGCUCUCACUGCAAUUAUGAAACUUAGCACAAGGUUUACCAUAAAUGUAAAUCGAAUUAAGAAGAUAAUAUCUGUGUAUGGAAGCAGUAUAGAUGUGGAACUUCAGCAGAGGGCUGUUGAAUAUAAUGCGCUUUUCAAAAAAUUUGAUCACAUGAGAUCUGCACUGCUGGAACGAAUGCCUAUAAUGGAGAAGGUAACUAAUGGACCUACAGAAACUGCACAAACUAAUGGAGAGGCAGAGCCUACAAUAGUGGAACCAAAAUUGGCACCCAGUGCUACUCAACCUAGUAAUCAGGCUAAUGACUUGUUAGACUUGCUCGGAGGAAGUGAUGUAACACCAGCGAUUCAGACUGCACCACCCAGUAAACCAAACACAGCUGGUGGAGAGCUUCUGGAUCUGUUAGGAGGGCUGGAUCUAACAGGUGGAGCCAUGCCAAUAAAUACUCAAGCGCCACAAGUUUCGCAGCCUCCCUUUCUAUUGGAUGGUCUAGCAUCACAACAAGUCUUCAAUGAUUUGGCUUCAGGCAUUCCUCCUGUCACAGCGUACUGUAAAGGUGGCUUAAAAAUAGAAUUCAACUUCGAGCGUUCCAACACAAAUCCCAAUGUAACUGUUGUUACGAUUAGUGCUACCAACUCCACAGAAGGAGACAUGACUGACUUUGUAUUUCAAGCUGCAGUACCAAAGACAUUUCAACUGCAGCUUCUUUCUCCAAGUAAUAACAUAAUUCCAGCAAGAAAUGCAGGAGCUGUUACACAAGUUAUUAAAGUGCUUAAUCCACAGAAGCAACAACUUCGCAUGAGGAUAAAGAUCACAUAUAACCUCAAUGGAUCACCAGUGCAAGAUUUAGCAGAAGUAAAUAACUUUCCCCCUCAGUCGUGGCAGUGAUGUUUGGGUGGCAACGACCUCUUUUCCACAAGUGGAUUUUGGUAAAUCUUUGGGAAGGUCAUAUCCUAAGAGUGCCCUUACGCACAACAUCAUAACAUGUAUAUCAGCCCUCAGUGUGGGAGGCAAAAUUAAUGAACAAAGUCUGAGGAAUAUCAUGCCUACAAAUGCUAAUCACUUUUCAAAACACAUCCAUAUUAGUCUCUAUCAGCAUCAUGUUCAUCGUUGGAGUAUCUGCUUGUGGUACGCACUACACAUCUUCCUGCUUUUAUCCCACUGAUCUUUGCAGAACUUGGAACAUUUGCACAGAAUAGUGAACCAGUUGUCAGUAUGUGCCCAGCAGCUUUGCAAGAUUUCAGAGCACAUAAGAAGCAAUUGUUUUCGAUUACUCACCAAUCACAUUUAUUAGGAACUUGAGGGGAAACCAUUAUAAAUUGGUUGCAGUAGGUUCUAUACUGUAAUGAUUAUCAAACCAUUCAACAAAGGAUCUCAAUAAAAUGUACAACAGUCUUAAAAA